AUGAAGGGUGGAAACGAAGAGAGGUAUUUAAAAGCCGUUUGCAGACUGGACCACGCCAGUUUUACUUACACAACAGAAGAGUAAAUAUCUCCAGAUAUAAGGUAAGGUUCAAUAAUUAAAAUAAAGUUAUUAAGAAAAAUAUUGUUUUGACGAAAACUGUAAUUGAAAAUUUUAUAUUAUAUUUUAUGAGGUAUCAUUUUUUAUAUUUUUAAAAUAUAUUUUGAAAAUUAUAAAAUAAUUUAUUAUUCAUAUAUUUUCACUAUAUUUCCUUUAUAAUUCAUUCAGAAAAUAUUAUUUGUUUAUUGAAAAAGACUUGCUGACAAAGAAGACAGUUAUAUAGAAAAUUUUACAACAAAUUAUCAUAUGUUUCAUAAAAUAUUCAAAAAAUAAAGAUGAACAUAACAGAAAUAAAAAGAAAGUAAAAACUCCAAUCGAUUGCCAUAAUAUUGUUGAUCGUAUUGUAAAUAUUAGAUCCAUAUUUGAAAACAGAGUUAGAGAAUAUCAACAAAGAUAACACGUUUGAAAAAAAGGGUAAAAACAUUAAUUUUAAUUAAUAUUUAUAGGUACAUCGAUUACGCAAGAAGUUAUGAAAUAAUGAAAGUGAGAGCAUGCUUUGAUCUUUCCGUAUGUAACUUUCUCCCAUAAGUCUGCUUAUUUCACUUGCUUUCUUAAAAGCGCGACGCAAGCCAACGUUUCAAAAUCAUCGAAACCGGAUGAGAGGUGAGAGUCAAAUUAUUCUUCAUCUUGUUGAUCUUCACUUUCUCAUACCAAAGCUGUUAAAAAUGUAUUUCUAAAAGUUUUCCUUUAUAAGGGAAUAUAUAUUUCCUGUAUCGGGAUAAAUAAAUAUUUUAAAUAAAUAUUUUAUUAACAAUAUUAUGUAAAAAAAUAAGCUCAUUUUACAAUAAAGGUAAGGCAAGUAUAAUAGUAUUUAUUAUGUUUGCAGUAUGUUCUCCACGGUGGUAUUAUGUAUAAUAUUACUAUUGCUGCUACUAUAUCUAGGAUCGCGGAAACCGAAAGGAUAUCCUCCAGGUGUUACUUAUAUCCUCUAAUUUAUAUUCAUCUUUCCUUGUUAUUGCUUAUUAUUUUUUUGAAAUAUUAACUUUAUUAAUUAAUUAAUAAAUAAAUAUAAUAUAAAAAUACGGUUGGUGUUUAUUUAAUUUCUAAGAGUUUCAGGUCCAAAGUGGUGGCCAAUUUUGGGCUGUGCUAUCGAAUUGGCUCGUCUUCGCAAGGAAACCGGUUAUAUGUUCAGGACUUGUUCCGCUUUGUGUAAGAAAUAUGGACCAGUAGUCGGUCUAAAAGUCGGUACAGACCGUAUCGUUGUUCUAAAUGAUCACGAGAGUAUUCGAACAAUGCUUACUAACGAAGAUUGCGAUGGAAGACCAGUUGGCCUCCUCUAUGAUGCGCGAACUUUCGGCUCUAGGAAAGGACUGGUCCUUGUGGAUGGGAAUUUAUGGCUCGAGCAAAGGAAAUUCGUAUUAAGACAUCUUCGUGACUUCGGCUUCGGCCGGCAAGACAUGAUGAUGACAAUACAAGAAGAGAGCCGAUCGCUUGUCGAGCACAUAAAAAAAUUAAUCAACGACGAACGCAAUAAUCGAAUUAAUGAAUCUAAAAUACAUUGCAACAAUAACGAGUACGACGACGGACAAAUAUAUAGAUUAAUUAAAGGAGACAAAGCAAAUGGAUUAGAAUUAAUGGACAAGUACGGGAAAAGUGAAAAACAACUGAAACCUUCGGAUUUGUAUGUGGAUACUGAUGAAUACGUGCAAAUCAAUGAGAUCAACGCUCAUCCUGGAACGAUAAUUCCAAUGCACAACGCCUUUGGAAUUACAGUACUCAAUACAUUGUGGAGAAUGAUAGCUGGUAAAAGGUUCGAUAUCGACGAUGAGAAGCCGAUUUAUCUGCAAGAGAUUCUGACGCAAGUUUUAACGGAAAUCGAUAUGUUAGGCGCCCCGUUUGGUCAUUUCCCGCUGUUAAGAUUUAUCGCGCCAGAAAUAUCCGGUUACAAAUCAUUCGUGAAGAUUCACCAACAACUUUGGGAUUAUUUAAAGGAUGAAUUGGACAAUCAUAAGACUACCUUUGCACCAGGCUCGCCGCGAGAUUUAAUGGACGUAUAUUUAACCGUUUUGAACUCUAAAGAUUAUAGUAACACAUUUUCAGAAUCUCAACUGCUUGCUAUUUGUAUGGAUUUAUUUAUGGCAGGUUCAGAAACUACAUCUAAAGCUCUUAGCUUUUGUUUCUUAUAUUUGGUGCUGUUCCCAAAAGUACAGAGAAAAGCACAGGAAGAGAUAGACACAAUAAUUGGACGUAACAGACUUCCGACCUUGGACGACAGAACGAGAAUACGAUGCUCAUAGUGAACUUCAAUAGAAUAUUAAUGGACGAAUCAUGGAGUGAUCCCGAAGACUUUCGACCAGAAAGAUUUAUAGAUGAAAGUGGUAACAUCAUUACACCGGCCGCGUACUUUCCAUUUAGUCUCGGGAGACAUCGUUGUAUGGGAGAAAAUUUAGCUAGAAACAAUACAUUUGUUAUAGCUACUACUCUAUUACAAGCAUUUACAUUUUCUACAGUACCUGGAGAAGAACCAUCAGUACAAGAUUUUGUCGACGGAGUUACUAUUGGUCCUAAACCAUUCAGGGUAAUGGUUUCCCUAAGGUCGUAAAUAUAUUCGAAAGCAUUUAAAAUAAUGCUUUCCUUCAAAAGUAAUUUUUAAUAUUAAUUUUAGUCAGAUCAAUCUUUAUAUGGUAUGAUUAAUAUCAAAAAAUUGUUAUAAAAUCAUUUUUGAUAAUGUAGAUGUAAGUAGCAAAUAGUGUACAGUAUUUACAAUAGUUCAAAAUAAGACAAAAUAAUUUUAAUGUUCAAAAAAAUAUAUUUUAUUUUAUAUGAAAAUACAUGUAUGUGUGUAUAUAUGUGUAUGUGUAAAGAAGCUAUACGAAAUAAAUAAUACAUAUACAAGAACAAUACAAACUUCAUAUCACCGUUCGCUUCUUAAAAUAUAACAAGUAUCAGAAUCUAGACUUUAAUAUUAUUCCUUUAAUAAUAUAUUACAGAAAAUAUAUAAAUUGCACAUAAUUACACAUAUUACAAAGGUAUAUGUGUUCGACGAUUUUUUUUUUACGGAAAGAUAAAUCACUUAUUUGUUCCUUUGAUCUUAACAUUUCUUAAAAUAGUCUGGCACUUAUUUUUUAACAUGAUAUUUUUCACACGAUGUUAAGUAUAUGGAAUUCUUAUCAAUAAUAUUGUGCGAGAGAAAGAUUCAAGUCAUAAGAACUUUCUUGCUGACUUACAAAAAAUACACAAAAUUAUAAGUAGUUAAUCUUUAAUAGUUUGAUCUUUAAUAAAUGAAAUAACAUAUAUUAACUACGCAGGUACUGUUUCAAGUAGAGAAUUGGUAAAAUUGGUCGAAAAUUGCGUACGUUAUUCCAAAACAAGUUUUAAAAAAUGAAUUAAAUAUUUUUACGAACUUAUAUCUAUAUCCUUCCAUUGCACACAAUGAUAAUUGAUCUCUUAAAAACAAAAUUUCUUUUGUAAAUUAAAAUUAUAUCUAUUAAAAUAGCGUAUAAGCAAUCUUUUAUGGUGGACGGCGGAAAACAAUUUUUAA